AUGUCAAAUUUUAAGAGGAACUUUGCUCAAGUUAAAACUGCUUGUGGUGGAGGCACCCGUAAAAUUCAGGUUAAAAAAACCGCUUCUAAAGAAGAUCUUAUUAAAUUAGGAAUUGAACUAUUUUUUCCUGAUGGUCAAUCUUCUAAAGGAAAAUUAACAAACUUUAAUAUAGAUUUAGCAGAUUUUAAACGAGAUAUUAUCCCAAAAGAAGUUACCAUUGAAGAAUUGUUUCAAAAAUCCAAGUUGUCUCGAUUAAGAGUUUAUCUGUAUACAAAAGAAAAAUGCAGUACAAUCAAUUCUACUGAAACAACAUCUCAAACUUUUACUCUUGAAGACAGUAAUUCCAGUGAAGAUUUAUACAAAGGUUUAAUAAUAGAUAAUUUGAAUACAAUAACUUCUACCGAAACAACACCUCAAACUUUUACUCCUGAAGACGGCAGUUCCAGUAAGGAUUUAUACAAAGAUUUAACGUCAGAUAAUUUAAGUACAGAUAUAUAUUUUUCGCAAGAUGAUAUUAUUCUAGUUACCGAUGAAUUUUCUGUAACUCAACAUGGAACUGUUGACCCCAUUCAAACUUAUAUGGUAAAUGAAAUACCAAACAAUAGCGCAUUGCUUCAAAAUAAAAUAACAAAUUCUGAACCGAGUGCGGAAGAUCAAUUUCAAUUUACUUCGGAAGAUGUAUUUGUGCACAGAGGCCAGGUUUUUAAAGAGCUUACUGAGGCAUUUAUACAUCGAAAUUUAAACAAAAAACGUUUUAAAAUGCGCAUGAUCUUACCAAAUGGAAGUGAAGAAAUGGGUGAAGAUAUAGGAGGAGUUUUUAGAGAAACGUUAUCGGAGUACUGGAGUUCUUUUUUUGAACGAUUUACAGUUGGUACUAAUAAUAAGGUACCAUUAAUAAGACACGACAUGAAUUCAAAAAAAUGGAAAGCUGUCGCAGAAGUUCUUUAUAAUGGGUGGAUUUUAGAAAAAUAUUUUCCAUUGCAGUUGGCAAAAUGUUUUCUUGAAAUGUGUAUUUUAGAAGAAGUCCGAAGUGAUUUAACAGAGUGUUAUUUAAAUUUUAUAAGUAAUAAUGAAAAAGAAGUCAUAGAACGAGCAUUGAAUAAUUUUGAGGAUGUUGACAAAGACGAAUUGCUUGAAGUAAUGGAAAAUAUCGAAUGCAACAUUGCUCACUGGAGACGACAAUCUAAUAGGAAAUCAAAAAAUAACAUAUGGCUUCUUAAAAAGAUUUUUAAGAGAAUCUUCACGAGAGAUGUUGUAAAAGCUGUGUCUUUUAAUGACACGACUGGUUUUGGAAAAACGCCUCAAGCACAAAUCUCUUCGUUUUCUUUAAAAAUACCAGAAUAUGAGAGUUAUCCUAAACUUCGAUCAUAA